AUGAAGCUUUCAUUUCUUACAAGGUUUCUGGUAAUCCUCUCUUUUCACCAUUUUGUUUUUCCCUUCUUUUGCAACUCCAGCCAGACUGACAACCUUUUCGAGUUGCUUAAAUCUCGAAAAUCCCAAAAUCCUCCAAAUACCGAACUCUGGGUUGAAUUAGACAAUAAUGAUAACAGUUUUUCUACAGUUUAUAUUGGACCCCAAGAUGGGUUCAAGAAAGCUGACAAGAUCAAUGCCUUGCCAGGACAACCAAAAGGAGUAGAUUUCGAUCAGUAUGCUGGCUAUAUUACUGUAGACCCGAAAGCUGGGAGAGCACUGUUCUAUUACUUUGUGGAGUCACCUCAUAAUUCUGCAACCAAACCUCUCGUCUUGUGGUUAAAUGGAGGCCCUGGAUGCUCUUCUCUUGGAUAUGGAGCCUUCGAGGAACUGGGACCAUUCAGAGUCAACAGUGAUGGAAAAACACUAUUACGAAAUGAUUAUGCAUGGAACUCUGUGGCAAAUGUUAUCUUUUUGGAGUCCCCAGCUGGAGUUGGGUUUUCAUAUUCGAACACGUCCUCGGAUUACAGCAAAAGCGGCGACAAAAGAACAGCGGAGGACUCUUACACUUUUCUAGUGAACUGGCUUGAAAGAUUCCCUCAAUAUAAAACCCGAGAUUUCUUUAUAACUGGAGAAAGCUACGCUGGUCAUUAUGUACCUCAACUUGCUCAUACAAUUCUCUUAAAGAAAAUCAACCUCAAAGGCAUUGCAAUUGGGAAUGAUUGGAUAGAUGAUAAUACUGGUAUAAUGGGCAGGUUUGAUUAUUUCUGGACACAUGCUUUAAACUCGGACGAAACUAAUGCAGGAAUUCACCAGUACUGCAACUUCGUUACGGGUAAUUCUUCAAGCAAGUGUGAUGACUAUCUAUAUCAGGGAUAUGCAGAGAUCGGAAACCUUGAUAUUUACAACAUAUAUGCUCCCCUUUGCAAAUCAUCUGGACCCAAGGCAGGCCCAAGCGGAUCUGUCCACGAUUUUGAUCCCUGCUCCGACAAUUAUGUCUCUGCCUAUCUAAAUCUUGCCAAAGUGCAAACAGCUCUACAUGCAAAAGCUACAAAAUGGGAAGCUUGCAGUGGUUUUGUAUGGACAGACAGUCCAACGACAAUUCUACCCACUAUAAAUGAGCUCAUUUCAAGUGGAAUUAGAGUAUGGAUAUACAGUGGCGACAUAGAUGGCCUAAUUCCAGUAACCUCCUCUAGGUACUCCAUAAACACACUACAACUACCAGUCACCACUGCUUGGCGCCCAUGGUAUUUCAACAAUGAGGUUGGAGGAUAUGUGGUUGGGUACAAAGGAGUGACAUUCGCCACAGGAAGGGGAGCUGGGCAUGAAGUUCCAAGCUACCAACCAGAACGAGCACUGACCAUGAUUUCAUCUUUCCUUACAGGGAAACUUCCCCCAUCAUAA